AAUUCUAAUCCAUCAAAAUGGCCAAUCCACCAACCAUUGUUUUCAUUCCCGGCUCCUUCUGCCCGCCUUUCUUCUACGAUGAUAGUAUCCAGAAGCCCAUCGUCUCAAGGGGCUAUGAGAUGCACGUCCUCCAGUACCCUUCAAUCGGCUAUAAACCUAAUAGUCUUCCUACUAUGGCGGACGACGCGGCCUUCAUUUCCGCUGAAGUGGCCAAAGUUGCGGACGAAGGCAAAGAUAUCGUGCUUGUGGCACACUCGUAUGGAGGCAUCCCCGCGAGCGAAUCAGUUAAGGGUCUUAGUAAAGCCGACAGAAAGAAAGCGGGCAAGAAAGGAGGAGUUGUGAGGCUGGCGUAUAUGACAGCUUUGGUGCCACUUGUUGGGGGGAAUGCAGUAGGGUUGUUAGCGGAUGUGCCAAAUGAACCGGAGUAUAUUAAAGAUGGAUGGAUGUACCACGUCGACUUCAACACCAGCGCAGAGCUCAUCUUCUCGGACCUUCCGCUAGAGCAAGGCAUUGCGCUGGCCAAAAGUUUCCUGAAACACUCGUCCGCAAGUUUUGUUGGCGAGCUUACUUAUCCCGGCUACAAGGACGCCCCGGUAUCAUAUCUCUUCUGUGAAGGGGACAAGUGCGUCCCGCCAGCUGUCCAGCAAGCUAUGAUCGAUAUGGUGGAAAAGGAGAGUUGCAACAAAGUGGACGUGACAAGGAUUAAUGCCGACCACGUCCCUAAUCAAAGUGCGCCAGCGAGAGUCGUUGAUUGGAUUAUCAAGUGCGUGGAGAAGAGCAAGUAA